AUGAUUAUAACAGUGAUAGUGGCUCUUUUGGUGGUAAUCGUUGUGACGUUGACAAUUAUAAGGCUUCAUGAGAAACAAACAAAUGCAAUGUGCAAGUCGAAGAAGAAGCUUGAAGGAAGAGUAGCCGUGGUGACCGGCGGUACUGCCGGAAUGGGCCUGGAAAUAGCAACAGACUUAGCCCGCAGAGGAGCCAAGGUCAUCAUAGCUUGUCCUUUCGAACAAGAAGGUGUCAACGCUAGAAGAACAAUAAUCGAAAGUACUGGCAGCCAAAAAGUGAUAUUCAAACUAUUAGACUUGAAGUCUCUCGAAUCUGUAAGAGAAUUCACUGCAGAUAUAUUAAAUACAGAAAAAAGACUGGAUAUAUUGAUAAAUAACGCUGGGGUUGCGUUCAGUGCUAAUACCAAAACGUACAUUGGAACAAACUUUAUGAUGGCUGUGAAUUACCUCGGACAUUUUAUUUUGACUUUACUACUGCUGCCUCUAUUGAAGAAAUCUGGAACAUCUGCAGAACCUAGUAGGAUCGUCAACGUGUCUUCAGUUCUACAUUUAUUUGGCAGAGCCAACUAUGAAAGCUACAACAGAAUGGCUAUUUUCUACAGGUUUUUUCAUUACUGUCACAGCAAAUUUUGCGUUAUGUUGUUCACACACGAACUGAGCAAAAGAUUAAAAGAUUCUGAAGUUGUGGUGAACGCUGUGGACCCAGGUGCUGUGGGCACAAAUAUUUAUCAAAGUCUGAGUAAAGUUAUAGGACUGGUAGUCACAUUUUUGUUCAAGAAUAUGUUCAAAACCCCCUGGGAAGGUGCUCAAACGGCGCUCUAUGUGGCACUAGAUGACGAGACGCGGAAUAUCUCAGGACAGUAUUUCAAGAACUGUAAGCUAAGUCGUGCUAAGAAAUCUGCGUACGAUGACAAGCUAUCAAAAAAGCUAUGGAAUGACUCAAUUAGAUUAGUAAAACUUGAAGAAGACGAACUAAAAAUAUGUGGUUUAUAG